CCAAUUGCGCCGAAUCCGCGCGUGUAGAUACCGGAUUUGGUGUGUGCUGCUGGUUGUAUCUGCCGUUUCGAAGACCAAUGUUGGACCAAUGCUCCCUACCUCGUGUGCAAAAUGACAAGCGGUCCCAUAUUAUUUCGAGCAGGAAUGGCGGUUUCAUCGGCUGCAGCAAUUGGCUCAUGCAUUGAAGCAUUUCAGCUGUCCAGCAAAUGCAGAUGGUGCAGUUUCACGAAGGAUACCACUACCGCUGUAACUCCUGCGUCUGGAUGGAUAAACUGUGAUCUGAAGUGCUCGCCAGGAUCCAUGGAGGCCACGUGUUUGAAUUCCAUUUGUGCCCUCGGAGCUUGUCGCGAACGUUCAAGCUGAAGCAACACCUGCACACUCACACAGCCAAAAGGCCAUUUAAGUGCCGUUCACGCUCUCAGAGCUUCUCACAAGAAGUUAUUCUAAAGCAACACCUGUGCAUCCACAUAGGUAAAAUGCCAUUUCAUUGCCAUUUAUGCGCUAGGAGCUUCACAGUGAAGUCUACAUUGAAGGAACACCUGCACAUUCACACAGGAGAGAAGCCAUUUCAGUGCCCUUCGUGCCCUCGAAGAUUCCCACGAAAGAGUAAUCUCAAUCAACACCUGUGCACCCACACUAGCCAGAGGUCACUUCAAUGCCCUUUGUGCCCUCAGAGCUUCUCACAAAAGAGUACUCUGAACCGGCACCUGCACACCCAUACAGGUGAGAAGCCAUUGCAUUGCCCUGCGUGCCCUCAGAGAUUUUUACAAAAGAGUAAUCUGAACCAGCAUCUGCGCACCCACACAGGCGAGAAGCCAUUUCAAUGCCCUUCAUGCCCUCAGAGAUUAUCACGAAAGAGUUAUCUGAACCAGCAUCUGCGCACCCACACAGGUGAGAAGCCAUUUCAAUGCCCAUCGUGCUCUCAGAGCUUCUCACAGAAACAUGCUCUGAACAGACACCUGCGCACCCACACAGGUGAGAAGCCAUUUCAAUGCCCAUCAUGCCCUCAGAGCUUUUCACAGAAAAAUGCUCUGAACCAACACCUGCGCACCCAUACAGGCGAGAAGCCAUUUCAGUGCCCUGCGUGCCCUCAGAGAUUUUCACAAAAGAGUAAUCUGAACAAGCAUCUGCGCACCCACACAGGUGAGAAGCCAUUGCAUUGCCCUGCGUGCCCUCAGAGAUUUUCACGAAAGAGUAAUCUGAACCGGCAUCUGCGCACCCACACAGGCGAGAAGCCAUUUCAAUGCCCUUCAUGCCCUCAGAGAUUAUCACAAAAGAGUUAUCUGAACCAGCAUCUGUGCACCCACUCAGGUGAGAAGCCAUUUCAAUGCCCAUUGUGCCCUCAGAGCUUCUCACAGAAAUAUGCUCUGAACACACACCUGCGCACCCACACAGGUGAAAAGCCAUUUCAAUGCCCAUCGUGCCCUCAGAGCUUCUCACAGAAAAGUACUCUGAACCGACACCUGCGCACCCAUACAGGCGAGAAGCCAUUUCAAUGCCCUUCAUGCCCUCAGAGCUUCUCACUAAAGAGUACUCUGAACACACACCUGCACACCCAUACAGGAAAGAAGCCAUUUCAGUGCCCUGCGUGCCCUCAGAGAUUUUCACAAAAGAGUAAUCUGAACAAGCAUCUGUGCACCCACACAGGUGAGAAGCCAUUUCAAUGCCCAUCGUGCCCUCAAAGCUUCUCACAGAAACACAAUCUGAAGAGGCACCUGCGCACCCACACAGGUGAAAAGCCAUUUCAAUGCCCAUCGUGCCCUCAGAGCUUCUCACAGAAACAUACUCUGAACCAGCACCUGUGCACCCACACAGGUGAGAAGCCAUUUCAAUGCCCAUCGUGCCCUCUGAGCUUCUCACAGAAGAAUGCUCUGAACCAACACCUGCAAACCCACACAGGAGAGAAGCUAUUUCAGUGCCCUUUAUGCCCUCAAAGCUUCUCACAAAAGUCAACAUUGAAUGUUCACCUGCACUUCCACUAAUGUGAGAGCCUGUUUCAGAGCUGUUCAUGUCCUAAGAACUUGUGGAAGUCUGCAUUAAACCAACAGCCACGCAUCCACACAGGCAGGCGGCCAUUUCAGUGCCCUGCAUGCCCUCAGCAAUCCUCAAAAGUCCUUACUGAAGGACUAUGUUUCCAUCCACUCAGCAAAAGGCCACGUCAGUGCUCUUCAUGUACUCGGAUGUACUCAUGGAAGUUUGCACUGCACUUCCACUAAUGUGAGAGGCUGUUUCAGGGUCCUUCAUGUCCUGAGAACUUGUCGUGGAAGUCUGCACUGUACUGACACCUGCUCGUGCACAGUCUGUAGUGAAGGAUCGCCUGUGUAUCCACUCAGGGAGACAGCAUGUCAGGGCUCUUCAUGUCCUCAGAGUUACUUGCAGAACUUCGCACUGAACUGACACAUGCACAACCCACAUAAGCGAGAGGCCGUUUCAGUGUCAUUUCUACCAUCAAACCUUUGGACAUAAAAGCCACCUCAAUAGGCACCUCGCCACCACAAGUGCACCUGACACGUGCGGUGCAGCAGCACAGAGUUGUGUGGACUCCAUUGUUCCUUCUUACUUUUCAUGUUUUCCUUAGUUUUUUCAUGGAAUCUCAGCAUAUGUGUAGACCUGUAGUUCUAUACUAGGAUGAAACAUUGGAAGUCUUCACUUUUCAUUAUGAAGUUUUAGCUCUUUGUUGCAGACAACCACUUUCUGCAUUGAAGCAUUUAACUGCUCUUUACUAAAUCAGUUGUGUGAGUUCGUUUCAGUGCACUAAAUAAUAUUUGGGAUUGGGUUUUGUUAAUUAUUGAUAUUUCAAUACUUGCACUAAUAGCAUGUAACAUUUCAAUUCAUUUGCAUUUAUUGCGCUGAACACUUCAAGAGAAUUUGAGUGGCUAUUUAUUAUUGCUAUGGAAUGCAGUUAGAACAACGUUUUCUCAGGAAUUGAAAUUACGCAAUUACUAUGUACUUUUUUUAUUCCUACUAUGAUUCAACUGGUUUCUGUGAUACUAAAUGCACUGGUAUGAAAUUUUCUUUGCUCGUGAAGAUCCGUGCAUACCUUUGAGAACCUUGCAAAUUGCUUUAUAAUAAAACAUUGUUCUUAUGGA